AUGUUCCAUGGAUUGCCAAGUGAAGACCCCAUUGACCACCUUGAUGAGUUUGAUAGGCUUUGUGAUUUGACAAAGAUCAAUGGUGUCUCUGAAGAUGCCAUCAAGCUGAGACUCUUUCCUAUGUCUCUAGCUGACAAAGCUCACCAAUGGGAGAAGAGCUUGCCCCAUGGCACAAUCACCACUUGGGAUGAAUGCAAGAAGGCCUUUCUUGCUAAGUUUUUCUCCACCGGUCGCACAGCCAAGCUUAGAGGAGAGAUAUCCAGCUUCAUCCAGCGAAACAAUGAGACAUUCGCAGAGGCUUGGGAGAGGUUCAAAGGCUACACAAGUCAGUGCCCACACCAUGGAUUCAACAAUGAAUCACUACUCUCCACUCUUUAUAGAGGAUGCUUGCCUAGGUAUAGGGAGAUGCUAGACACAGCUAGCAAUGGGAACUUCCUCAACCAGGAUGUAGAUGAUGGCUGGCAACUUGUGGAGAACAUAGCUAACUCAAAUGGAAGCUAUGGAGAAGAGUAUGAUCGCACCAAUCGGAGCUCGACCCACCACUCGAUCGAGUCAGACGAAAAGUUGAGAAAAGAUGUUAAGGCAUUGAAUGAGAAGUUGGAUAAGCUGAUCCUAGCUCAGUCCACAAUGAAGAAAGUCAACUUUGUGUCUGCUGAGGAGAUGGAACCAGUCCAAGAAGGGGAGGAUACACAAUUUGCUGAGGUGUGCUACAUGAGCAAUGGGCAAGGAGGUUACAACAAAGGAUACUAUAAUUACAAGUCCAACCCUGCCAUGUCAUACCGCAACACUGAUGUUGCUAACCCUCAGGACCAAGUAUAUCCUCAACAACAAGCAGCUCGAUCGAGUCAAGGCUUUCCCCACCAACCACCCCAGCCUGCACCUUCACAAGAGAAUGAGCUCAAGGCAAUGCUAAAGCAACUACUUCAAGGGCAAGCUGAUGGGGUAGUGGACACAAGCAAGAAGCUAGCUGAAAUAAACUCUAAGAUCGAGAACCUCAACACAAGGGUUUACUCUCUGGAGAAUCAUGCUUCUUCUGUUGCUGCUGCUACAAAGCAAGGACAACUACCUGGUAAAGCUAUUCAGAACCCCAAGGAACAGUGCAAGGUCAUCUUCACUCAAGAAGGACUUGUUGAAGAAGAGGAUCAAGAAAGGGUCAUUGAAGAUUUUUGUUUACUGCUGAAUGAUGAAGAGAUUGUUGCUGCUGAGGCUCCUGGAGUCCAGAUUGAUCAACCAGAAGUGCAGCACCUACUGUGGCCAUUCACACUUCACCAGUUGAGCUCGCACACAAGCUCGAUCGGCAGCUCGAUCGAGUCCAACUCUAGCUCGAUCGAGUCCGACCUCUUCUGUCCCAGCCUGUUUUGCUUGAUCCUUACCAACCGGUUGCCGCUUCCUCGUCUCGCCUACUUAGUCAAGGUCACAAGGAAGUGA